AUGAAGAUAUGGAAGAAAUAUAUUACUGAUAAUGAGCAAUCCGUUGGAGCGUUCAAAGAGAUUGACCAAGUCGAAGUGGACGGUAUUAUGGACGAGGGAAGGAAGAUGAAGUUAACAGAACACGGAAUACUGUCAAAGAAUGAAAUGCCUGAAGUGAAGGAACAGAAAAGUGGCAUUAUUUACUUCCAGUCAUUACCACCAAACUUUACUGUCUCAAGAAUGCGUAAUGAAAUGAGUAAAUUUGGCGAAAUUGGAAGGAUAUACCUUCAAACUGAUAAACGACGUGAUGCAAAAGGUAAACGGAGAAAACGAUUUGUAGAAGGUUGGGUUGAGUUUAAAAAGAAAAGUCUGGCAAAACGAGUAGCUGCAUCGUUGAAUAACACAGCUGUCGGUGGAAAACGACGAAGUGCUGCGCGAGAAUCUCUCUGGACAAUGAAAUAUUUGAGCGGUUUCAAGUGGACACAUUUGGUGGAACAAUUAAAUUUCGAACAUCGGAUCGAGCAACAACGAAUGCAUGUUGAGAUAGCUCAAGCAAAACGACAGGCCUCAUUUUUUUCUGACCAAGUUGAGAAAGGAGAGCAACUGAGAAAACUGGAAGAAAAGGUUUUAAAGAAAGGUGGCGUAUGGGAUAAAUUCCAGCGACAGGUGCAGCAACGUCCAACAAUGAAGAAAAAUAAGAAACACAAAAAGACUGACGACCAGCUAUUACAUAUGAUAUUUACUGGAUGA